AUGGCACGACAGAGAGGAGGUGCCCGUCCUGCUGCCCGUGCUGCGGCUCCAGCCCGUCCCGCUGCUCAACAGCAAACCCGUCCGGCAUCCACCAUGGCUGCCCCACCAGCUCAAACUCACGCUGCUCCACCAGCUACUGCUGCUCAGGCGCCAUCUCAGUCUCCCGGUUUGUUCGGUCAGAUGGCCUCCACUGCCGCUGGUGUAGCAGUCGGUUCCACAGUCGGCCACGUCCUCGGCGCCGGUCUCACCGGAAUGUUCGGCGGCUCUUCAUCUGAUGCUCCAGCUGCCGCUGCUCCAGUCGCGCCAGCUACUACAAAUACCUAUGGCGAUGUUACAAGCGGUAACUGUGCUGCUGAUGCUAAGGCUUUCACUAGCUGUUUGGAGGCGACGAAUAAUGAUAUGAACUCCUGCAGUUAUUAUUUGGAUCAGCUUAAAGCUUGCCAGGCUAUGUUCAAGAGCUAUCAGUCGUAA